UCUGUGCCCUGGGAGCUGAGAUGCACGUCAGUGGCCUUGCCAGCGUGGCCAAUUCUCUGCAGACUGCCAGAAAAAAGAGGCCAGGAGGAAGGAGGAACAAGACGAGAUUGCCCAGGGUCUGUGGCGUGUGGUCCAGCCUCUUGCAGAGCACACUGAGAGUAACCGGCUGGCUUUUAUCUCCUUCUCCAGAUCAGAAUCAAAGAACUUGUCAUAAUGGACACUUCAUCCCAAAAAAAUAUCCAGCUAUUCUGCAAAAAUUCGGGGCAACCUGUUGGAAGAUCUUCCUUUAAAGCAGAAUGUACCUCCUCAGAGGAAAAAAAGACUUGCUGCGGUGAACUAAAGGUGUUCUUGGGUGCCUUGUCUUUCGUUUACUUUGCCAAAGCAUUGGCAGAAGGAUAUCUGAAGAGCACCAUCACUCAAAUAGAGAGAAGGUUUGAUAUCCCUUCUUCACUGGUGGGAGUUAUUGAUGGUAGUUUUGAAAUUGGGAACCUCUUAGUUAUAACGUUUGUUAGCUACUUUGGAGCCAAACUUCACAGGCCAAAAAUAAUUGGAGCAGGGUGUCUAAUCAUGGGAGUUGGAACCUUGCUUAUUGCCACGCCUCAGUUCUUCAUGGAGAAGUACAGGUAUGAGAGGUAUUCUCCUUUCUCCAAUUCUACUCUCAACAUCUCUCCGUGUCUCCUAGAGUCAAGCAGUCAGUUACCAAUCUCAGUUAUGGAAAAAAAAUCACAAUCCAAAAUAAGUCAUGAAUGUGAGGUUGAUGCCAGCUCUUCUAUGUGGGUUUAUGUUUUCCUGGGAAAUCUUCUUCGUGGAAUAGGAGAAACUCCCAUUCAGCCUUUAGGUAUUGCCUACCUGGAUGAUUUUGCCAGUGAAGACAACGCAGCUUUCUAUAUUGGUUGUGUGCAGACGGUUGCAAUUAUAGGACCGAUCUUUGGCUUCCUGUUAGGAUCAUUAUGUGCCAAACUGUAUGUUGACAUUGGCUUUGUAAACCUAGAUCACAUAAACAUUACCCCAAAGGAUCCCCAGUGGGUAGGUGCCUGGUGGCUUGGGUACCUAAUAGCAGGAAUCAUAAGUCUUCUGGCAGCUGUGCCUUUCUGGUGCUUACCAAAGAGUCUACCGAGGCCCCAAAGUGGAGAGGGUUCUGAUUACUCCUCUGAGAAAGCCAAGUUUAUUAUAGAUGAACACAAAGAGUUCCAAACACCUCAUGGAGAAAAAGUAAAAAUAAUGGAGAUGGUAAGAGAUUUCCUUCCAUCACUGAAGAAUCUUUUUGGAAAUCCAGUGUACCUCCUGUAUCUGUGUGCAAGCACCAUUCAGUUCAAUUCCUUAUUUGGCAUGGUGACGUACAAACCCAAGUACAUUGAACAGCAGUAUGGCCAGUCAUCCUCCAAGGCCAACUUUGUUAUCGGGCUCAUCAACAUACCUGCAGUGGCCCUUGGAAUAUUCUCUGGGGGAAUAGUUAUGAAAAAAUUCAGAAUUGGUGUGUGUGGAGCUGCCAAACUCUACUUGGGAUCUUCUGUCUUUGGUUACCUCCUGUUCCUUUCCCUGUUUGCACUGGGCUGUGAAAAUUCUGACGUGGCAGGACUAACCAUCUCCUAUCAAGGAACCAAACCUGUCUCUUAUCAUGAACGAGCUCUCUUUUCAGAUUGCAACGCAGGAUGCAAAUGUUCAGAGACAAACUGGGAACCCAUGUGUGGUGAAAAUGGAAUCACAUAUGCCUCAGCUUGUCUUGCUGGUUGUCAAACCUUCAACAGGAGUGGAAAAACAAUUAUGUUUUAUAAUUGCACCUGCGUGGGAACUGCAGCCUCCAAAUCAGGAAACUCCUCAGGCAUGGUGGGCAGGUGUCAGAAAGAUAAUGGAUGCCCCAAAAUGUUUCUGUAUUUCCUUGUCAUUUCAGUCAUCACAUCCUAUACUUUAUCCCUAGGGGGGAUACCUGGCUACAUAUUACUCCUGAGGUGUAUCAAGCCACAACUGAAGUCUUUUGCCUUGGGCAUCUACACCUUAGCCAUAAGAGUUCUUGCGGGAAUCCCAGCUCCAGUAUAUUUUGGAGUUCUGAUUGAUACUUCAUGCCUCAAAUGGGGAUAUAAAAGAUGUGGAAGUAGAGGAUCCUGCAGAUUAUAUGAUUCAAAUACUUUCAGACACAUAUAUCUGGGACUAACUGUAUUACUGGGCACAGUGUCCAUUUUCCUGAGCAUUGCAGUUCUUGUCACUUUAAAGAAACAUCAUGUUUCACAACAUAGAAGCUUCAUCACCAAGAGAGAAAGAACAAUGGUGUCUACAAAAUUCAGUAAGGAAAACUGGACUGCAACUGAUCACUUGCUACAACCCAACUAUUGGCCAGGCAAGGAGACACAACUGUAGAAAAAUUACGACUUGAAGUAUGAUUUUAAUGUGUGGAAAGGAUGCAAACAGAUACAUUUUAAUCUAAAGGAUUUUACAUUUGUAAUUUCUCCUUUCAAAAAUGUCUACUUUGUCUUUCAACCUAGCC